CGGCACGGCACGGUUAUCUUUUGCUGUGUUUUUAGAAAUAGUCCGUAGGUAAACGCGCGUCUCUUUGUUUAUAAGUGUGUGUAUGGAGAUUUAUUGUUGAAUUAGUCGGUGUGAUAGUGUUCUUGAUGGUUUCGGGUGACGAUUCCAAUGGUCGUUUAUCUCGUAAAACUACGAGGUCUCCGAAUCGAAGGUGUAAAAAGACAGAUGCAGACCAAGCGAAGGGGUCAGCGUUGCGAAAUGAUUCGCAACCUUCGGUCCAUAAGAGGAAUCUUUACGUUGUUUCGUACCCUAUCAUUAUUUUGUUUAAUAUACUGAGGUCUAUUUUGUACCAGUUAUUUAUAAUUUUUAAGUAUUUGUAUUCGGCGUCUAAUCGGUUGAUGCACAAGCCUCGUAAGAACGGCGAGUGUAACUUGGAAGUGGUGGUGAAGGACGGAGUGGUGUCCACGGAGAUAGCGCACGGGGAGGAGAUGUCUCACAUACACAGUGUUGGUCCAGGAGACCCCCUUCUGGCUAAACAGAAGCAUCACCAUCGCAAGGCUUUUGAGUACAUUUCAAAAGCGUUGAAGAUUGAUGAGGAGAAUGAGGGUCAGAAAGAGUUAGCGAUAGAGUUGUACAAGAAAGGUAUAUAUGAGUUGGAGCGUGGCAUCGCAGUUGACUGCUGGGGUGGUCGCGGGGACGCCUGGCAGCGAGCACAACGGCUCCACGACAAGAUGAAGACCAACCUUGGCAUGGCAAAAGACCGACUACACUUUCUUGUGGCAGGCCGCAAGUUGACCACGGCUGGGCGGCGCGCCCCCAGCGUGGGCGGACCCCUGAUGAAGUCCCAGACGCUGCCCCGGUCUAUGGGCAGGUCCUCGUCGCAGCCCAACAGCUCUAAUGGGAGUUAUAGCAGAUACCCUGUGAAGCCGGCGUCGACACCGCCGGCUGUGAAACGCCAGCUUUCGCGAGGGACCCCCACCAGGAGUCGGACCCCGCAGCCGGCGCUGUCGGUGCGAGGAGUGGACCCCAAGCUGGUCCAGCUGAUACUGGACGAGAUUGUGGAAGGGGGGCCUAAGGUGCACUGGGACGACAUCGCUGGACAGGAGACGGCAAAACAAGCGCUCCAAGAGAUGGUAGUCCUGCCGUCUCUGAGGCCGGAACUCUUCACGGGCUUGAGAUCUCCAGCCAAAGGGCUACUGCUGUUCGGCCCUCCGGGAAAUGGUAAAACUCUGCUAGCCCGUUGCGUCGCUGCGGAAUGCUCCGCCACCUUCUUUUCGAUAUCAGCAGCGACACUCACGAGUAAAUACGUCGGCGAUGGUGAAAAAAUGGUGCGGGCACUAUUUCAAGUCGCCAGGGAGUUACAGCCGUCAAUAAUCUUCGUGGACGAAGUCGACUCGUUACUAUGCGAGCGCUCGAGCGGCGAGCACGAGGCGUCGCGGCGGCUGAAGACGGAGUUCCUGGUGGAGUUCGACGGGCUGCCCGCCGCCGGCGCCGACCGCCUCAUCGUCAUGGCCGCCACCAACCGCCCGCAGGAGCUCGACGAGGCGGCGCUACGGCGUUUUCCCAAGCGAGUGUAUGUGUCGCUACCAGACCUGCGCACGCGCGACUCGCUGUUACGACGAGUGUUAGCACGGGGAGCGGCCGCGUCUUCAUUGAGUGAUGACGAGCUAGCACGGCUGGCAGCGCUGACUGACGGAUACUCGGGAAGCGACCUUACUGCGCUGUGUCGAGACGCUGCCCUAGGACCUAUCAGAGAACUCGACCCUGAGGAAGUAAAAUGCCUGGACCUCUCGCUGGUCCGAAGCAUCACGUUCCAAGACUUCAUGGAUGCCCUGAAGAGGAUCAGGCCCUCAGUCUCGCCUCUCAGCCUCGUGGCCUACGAGAAGUGGUCCGUUCAGUACGGCGACUUGGGGCUAUGAGUGAGGGCGUAUGCUAAUACAGGUAUUGACUACGGAAGAAGGAAGGUAAGUCAUUAAUUUUAGAAACGUUAUUUUCUAAGGGACGUUGAAUUAUUUAUGUUUGUCUUAAAAGCAAUGUGACGCUCAAAUUUUUAACGAAUCUCCCUCCAUUCACUUUUCCGUUGUAAUAAAGACGAUUUUUCCAUAUCAUUUAGUUGUGACAUUAUUAGUUAUGUGAAAUUUAAUUUUAUUGUGUUGUAAUAAAGUGCGUUUUUGAAUGACGUCUAGUCAAAAUACCAGUGUUCGGCAGUGGGUAAUAGAAUUAACGUGUGGUCAGCGAUUAUGUACUGUACAGUCGCUUCCAUAAAGUACGGGAUUCGUAAUGAAACGAAGGACUUCAUAUAAUGUAAUGUGUUUGUUGUAGUUAAUAAAAUUAGUAAGUGAUAUAAGAGAGCAAUGUGAAUUUUAUAACUCUUCGAUUUUUCUGAAAUGUACAGUCACGUUCAAAGUGAUUAAUAUUUUGUAUAAUGCCUGGUCGAAAUAAAUAACUUUUACAUAUUAACAGUGACUUCGAAUAAUAAUGUGCCCAAAUAUUAAUAUCAAUCUUUAAUGUUAAGGAAACGGGUAUUUUAAAGAUGCAAGUCGGCUGAAUUAAAAAGUCGCUUUCGAUGUUAAUAGAUGUCAAAUGAACGCUUUCUGUCAAAUACUUUUUUAUUCAGUCGGGUUGCAUCGGCCCUUUUUAAAGCCCGUCCAAAGUCAAAAGGAUGUUGAACGCGUUUAUUUUAUCAUUUUUGCUGUAAGUGUACACAAAUUAAAAGUAAAACAAAGGCAUGAUGGUAAAAAAAUACUUGGUAAUUUUUACAGCGCCAUCUCGUCGUCGCACCUAGCGAAGUUUUACCAUUGAUUUGUAUAAUUAUGAUUAUUUUUCUUAUUAUAACAUUUUAAUGCUGAAACAUUAUUUAAGAGUACUAAUAAAAUAAUAUUCUAUAGUUUGUUUGCAAUUGUGGCAAAAAUGAACAAAAAUAAACUUUUGUCGAAAUGUUGGCCUCUAUGUCAAAAUUGUAUUAAUUUGGUCGUAUCCUUUUGGCUUGUUCGGAUACUUUGCUCUUAAUAUUUCAACACCCGAAUACGAAAACUCGAACAAAAAUUUUCGCUUAAAACUUUUCUUGCCGACUGUAUUUUAUUAAUGAAAUUGUUUUAUCAAGGUUUUAUUUACAACUCUGAAUUAUUUAAAUACACUUUUUUUAAUAUAAUAUUUUCAAUGCAAGUGAACAAAUAAUGAAAUUGUUGUACAAAAAUAGUGUUAAAUGUUUUAUAUUUUUAGUACCUCGUCGUUUGUAAAUUAAAUUUCAAUGAUUUAGUAUGUUGCGGUUGAUUGUAAAAAAAAAUAUUAAUGUUGACAACUCUAGUUAAACUAAGCCUAGUCUAAUAUGAAUACCAUUUAAUUAACAAUUAUUUCCACGUAUUUUAUUUUCAAGUUCAAAUUAUUAAUGGUCUAUUUUAAUAUAUGCAAAUAAAUAAAUUUGUAUUUGAAUUUAUAUUUAUUUAUUAUUAACAAGGAGGCAGGCUAUGUAGUUUAAUUUGUUAGGGUUGUCAACAAUAGUACUUUGUUAACAAAAAAUAUUUUGCAUUUUCCGUUCGUAAAAUAUGUUUUAUUAAGUUUAAAAAAAAGUUAAAUCCUUAAUUUGAUGAAGUUUUUAUGACCUUUUUAUUAUUGAAGUUCACAAAAAUAAUUAAAAUAAUAUGCGAAGUAUACUCAAGCAAAUAAAUAUAAACCAGAGAGGUGAACAAUAGGGUCAGAUAAUAUUGUGAUUGUGACGUGUUUUACCUCUCACUCGCUCCAUAUACUGAGAGAGCGAGACGUCACGAUUUCUUCAAUCUUAUGAUUAAUUAAUUAUUAUCUCUUCUGUAAAAAGAACAUCACAAUUAGAGUUUAUUUAAUAUAUUGUUAUGAAAUGUACUUAAUUCUAAUUAUGUUGAUUAUUAAUUAUUUCGUCAGUGUAUUGUAAUUUUGCCGUGAAUUUGUUUAUGUAGAGUUAAUAAUAUAUUCUUUAGUGUACACUAUUGUAUCGUGCUGCAAAUCUUAUGAGAAAGGGUUUAAUUCUGACGAUGCAUUAUCUAAACUUGAUUAUUAAUAAUAAUAACUUUUCUGAAGUGUGAAAAAAUUAUCAAUAUCUUGAUUCAAUACUUGCAAGGUUACUUGCUAAAACAAUACAAGAACAAAUUAACAGUUAAGUUUAGAAAUUCACACCAGAAUUGACCCCAAUGUAAUAAUUUGAUAAAAAUUAAAACGGGUAGUUUCCACUUCCUUACAAUUAAUUAGUUGAGAGUUAAAAUAUUUUGCUCAAAAAUAUUGUAACGGUUAUUAGUUUGAGCAUAACUAUGAUAACAUGAAAUAAAUAUAUUUUCGUAAUAAUAGUUUGUUAUAAAUUGUCUAUCUCUUCGAUUUAAUGUUAUUAUUGGAAAAUAUCAAUUAUUGGACCACGCAAUCGUAUUUAGAUUCGACAUAGUGUGCCAUGUAGGAUACGCGGGGUAGUCGCGUUUGGAUCAAUCGAGACAUUUCUUCCAUUUUAUGUACGGGGACUUGUGACUCACAUCAAGAUAAGCACUGUGACAUCUUAUGUAGUUGUAUUAGAGGUGAUUUUACAACAAAAAUAUAUAGUCUGAUGUGCUGUCAAUUCUACAGUCAGCGUCAAAUAGUUUUACACACUCAAAGUGGACUAAAAGCUGACAGCACAAGCUUAUUGCAAUUGUGACAAAGACGUGUUGCGAACUUUUUGGCUACUUUGAAAGUCACAAAUUAUUUGACGCUGACUGUACAUAGGACGCAUUUGAGUAGUAUAAUGGCGUGAUAACAAAAAUGCCUUUAUUUAUUACCUUUUAAAUAUGUAGCCAUUUUAAUGUACAAACUAUUAUCUCGAUUGUCCUCGAAGUCUGCAUGGAUGUAGCGACCCAGAUACAUAAUACUGACAACAUGCUUAGUUUUUUAUAAACCGUAGACAGUUGUGAUAAGGACGAUAAUACUUUGGCUUGCUGUCUGGAUCCCAUCUGUGCAGGCUUCGGUCGCUCCGCUCGCUAGCAAAAUACCAAAUAAGCCAAAAUAAUGUUGAAAAUAAUUUUCUCGAUAGAUGUAUUUCCUAAUAAAAGACAGCGACUAGGGGUUAGUGCAUUUACAGUAGCGGCUAUUUUAGUGUAGUUAUUGUUAAUCUAAAUAGUAUUUCUAGUGUAUCGUGAAGCAGUGACAUGGUUUUCAAAAAUAUUUUUGAAGUGUCAAAGAUGGUGGUAGGUCAGCGUCAAAUAGUUCACGACACCCAAAGUAGUCAAAAAGUUGAUAACACAACCUUAUUCCAAUGAGGGCUAUCGUUUUAGCGCUCACCAGUUAGCGCCACUGUAGAGUAAGGUCCUGUCACUUGCUAGUAGCGAAGACAGUGGCACCAACUGGUGAGCGCGAAAGUGGUAGGAGGACUAUCGCAUUUGCACUCAUCAAGAUGGCGCCACUGUAGAGUAAGGUAAUGUCAAUCGCCAGGGGUGCCAACUGUUAAGUAUAAAAACGAUAGCCCUCAUUGUAACAAAGACGUGUUGCGAACUUUUUGACUACUUUGGGUGUCACGAACUAUUUGACGCUGACUUUACUUUGUUUGUUUUCGUUUCGCUGUCAUGAAAAGAGCUAGGAGUUUUUUAGUUUUUAUGGACAAAUGUUAACAUUUUAAAUUUGUGAAAGCUUCCAAAACCGUGUCACUGUCGACAUUGUGACACACAAUAUCUAUGUAGUUAGUCUUACCAUUCCUAAUUGUAAUAUAGUCAGACGUAGCGAUUGGGUUUGCUCCUUAGAUAGCAUAAAUUGAUUCUCAUCGAUUGAUUUAUUAGUGAUGUGGCCAUUUCUUCUUUUAAUACCCAUUCUUAGUAGGUCUUAUAUAUUUUUUUAUUCGAGAUAUCGUGACUCGUGGUCGUAUAGUUAGAGCGGUUUCGGAAGAUCGUUAUUAUUGUAAUAAGAUAAACUUCAAUUCUGUUUCGAUUAUUUUCAUUUUAAUGGUCACAUCACUAAGCCCUAUAGAACGAAUAGAUGUGUAGAAGUUACAAGAAAAUGACUUUUUGAUACGAAACGUGAAUAGCAACUUAAAGAAUAGAUGGUUAUGAAUCAGUCGCUAGACACUGCCCUUGUAAGGCAAAAUGCGGUUUUGGUAGACCCAAGAUGUGGAAAAUUUUGGAUUUACAUUGAUUCUGUGAGGUUUGACCAUUUUGGUCUUAUAGAUCGUUUCAUCCACGAAGACGCGCCCUACCAAUUUUUAGUCGAGGGAAGUGCGGGGAGUUUGAUCCGAGCAAUCCGAGCGUCAUCGUUGUAGUGUGCUUAAGCACUGUGCACUCAUGGAUAAUUUAGCGUGUACCAAUAAUACUCAAGCAUUAGCGGAAGAAUGGUGGGGCGCGUCUUCGUGGAUGUUACGUCUAUAACAUCGCGUCGGUUUGUCGUAUCAACGAGAGCAGUAAACAAGGCAAAGAGUAUCUUCGGUCCUAAACUAUAGGGACCAUUGUGUAAUAAAGUGUUUGAUAAAUGUAUCGGAUUGUAAAGUGUGAAAAAUGUACGUUCUGUGACGUCACAGUGGGAAAUGUUAAAUGUUUUAUAGUAGAAAAGAUUUUGUAGGGCAAGUGUGCAAAACUGCAAAUGUUAUAAUGUAGUUUGGUCCCGUUUUAGUUGUGAUUUUGUUAACUUUUUUUACUGCGGAAUUGCAAUGUUAAUAAUUGUUACAUAUUAAUAACAAUUUUGUAAAAAUGCUUAUUAACGUUUUUAUUAGUCAAGUUUGAUUCAGCGUUGAUGAUGAUGUCAAAGUAAUGUGUAAUUUUUGAUUUAUUAAAUUGUAUUAAUUUCCAAUAUGUUAAAAUUAAAAAUGCGUAGAUAUUUGUGAAUUGUAAUUGAUCAUUGAAAUGUUAACGACAAAUUAAAGGAUUUGGCACACUGGAUGCGGUCUGCGGUCAGGUCGAAGCAAUGAAUACAGCGGGCUGUAAUUACUUUGACUUGAACGCAGACCGCAUUCAGUGUGGCAAAUCCUUAAACCUGUAACACUUCAGGGCACUGAUAUAUCGGCCCAUAAGUAAGCCUUACCGUCCACAUAGGCGUAGACACGCUGCAUUCUAUCUGUGUGCUUAUAAAAUAUUCGUAACAGCUUUAAACAUUUCGCCAAUGUGCACAGUAAAACUUACAAGAAAUAUAGCACAGACUUGUUAAACAGCUUAAUUAUUGUGGAGUGUGUGUGUCAAUAUUUUUUUAAAGGCAUGAUUUUCAACAUUUUUAUGUCAGUUAGGAGGCAUUGACACAAUCAUAAAAUGAUGGAAACAAUUGAACUAAAAUUAUUUAAAUGAAAAUUAAUACGCUUAUAUCAAAAAACAUAAUCGAGCAUGUUUUGCUCAAUUCUGUACAGGGCUAAUAAUAUUUCGAGUCGCAUAACAGUUUUUUACUGAAUCAAUAUCAUAAGCUUCGCUACGCUGUGAUGUGGAUAAUAAACCUAAUGCCUUAAGGCCGGUACACACUGCAUCCGUACGCGUGAACCAGUUUAUGAAUGAGACAUAGUAUUUUACCACGUCGCGACAGUACAAUCAUAACUUGAAAAAUAUUAUGUUAAAACCUAUAGAACAGUUUUAUUUGGUUGGUAAAUAAAACACGGUAACCUGUUUACGUGUACGGAUCUAGUGCGUCUCUACCUUUAUUCUUAAGUUUUACGCGCACUAAAUCUUUUGAAUUUUGACUGCUCCGCGAAUUUUGUGCACGCAUUUUAUACUAAUCUUUUAAAACUUUCUUUUAUUAAUAAUUUUAGUCACAGAAGUUUUUUUAACUUUAAAUAAUAUUUGAAUAUAAUUUUACCACUGUUUCGCUUUAAGUAUUUCAAGGGCAGUCGAUUCAUAUUUUGGAGCUUUGACCUUUAAUAAAAUAAAUGUUAAGGAAAUAUACGCGACUGAUUGUUACUACCUGACAUACUAAAAUUUAAAUAAUAUACAACGUGUUUCAUAUAGACAGUCAACGAAAUACAUCUGUUUUAGUAGCAAGCGAGUUCGACUUGCUGAGUAUGUUUAAAAUAUCAUGUCUAACUUUUUAAAAUACAGUGAUAUUUUAAACUUUAUUUAGCUUGAAAUGGAUUUUGAACAUAUCUGCUAGUGACACCACGAAAACUAACAUUUGAGAGUACUAAUAUCAGUUGACCUGUAUUGAUGACUAUAAGUACCGCCAAGUUUUUCCCAAUUAUGAGCAAGCUCAGAAUGUAAAUGAUCUUUUUCUAAAUGGUAAUCCUAAAGUUGCCUAUUUCUAAAAUCCUAUGUGUGUUCCACAAGUUUUAAUGACAACUGACAAAAGCUAUUCAUUACCUAUCUAUAACAAUAAAAUUAAAGAUGAAUGCAUGCAUCAAGUAUGCCUACGCCUUCAGAAAGCUUUAGUCGCGCGUGAUCAAGCGCAUUCUAAUUUUAGCCUUGUUUUCAUUUUCAAAAAAGAAAAAGACUAUUAUCAGUCCCAUUUUCCCAUCAUCUGAAGGUUAAGUUUAAGUUUAAUUUAGCUUUUGGAACAUUUACUAAUACAGGGCUCGACUUUAAUGCAAUCCUAAAUUCUAAAAUCAUGGUUGUUUUACAAUUUCGCAUUUACGCUGUUGUUGUUUUCAUAAGCGCACGAAUUUAUCAACUUUGACUAAACGCUAUAAUAAGUUAAGUGUCGUUAAGUGUUACGAGAAAAUGUAUUUUUUCAUAAUUUUCAUGAAUUAAGCACACUCUUGCCUAAUGUCGUGAAUGUACACUACGCAUAUGUGAUACACGGUUUAUAAAUAAAUGAAUAAUUUGUGA